CUCUCGUGCUGCGGCUGGUGUCGAAGUUUCGUCCUUUGACAAAACAUAUUCAGAUCCCAUGCACAAUGCUUGAUCCGUUUGACAUCCCAGAUUAUGAGCACACAGAGGAUGAGAGGUUCCCUCCUCUCCCUCCUCCAUCAUCGCCUGGUCGGAGAGACAUCGAGGAGGAUCCUUUUGGCAUUGGAGAAGGUGAGGAGGAAGGAGAAGUGUCAAAACUCGCAGAAGUGCCAGUGGCAAAAAGACGAACAGUGCAGAGGCCUCGGCCUAAACUGGAUGCAAACAGGUUGAUUUCUGAGAAGGGUCUUCCAGCUUUGCGUACUUUAUUUGAUGAUGUUAAGUUCAAAGGCAAAGGGCACGAGGCAGAGAAUCUGAAGCUCCUCUUGCAGAAAAUGGAGAACUGGGCCCAUCGCCUGUAUCCUAAAAUGCAAUUUGAGGAGUUCAUUGAUAAAGUGGAGAGUCUGGGAAAUAAAAAAGAAGUUCAGACCUGUCUGAAACGAAUUCGAUUGGACAUGCCAAUAACACAUGAGGACUACGUUGAGGAGGGUGAGGGUCGAGUACUGGAAGAGUCUGAUCCAGCUGGAGAGGAAGGUUUCCCUGAAGAUCCGUUUGUCCAUUCUACUCCUGCUCCAGCCUCUCUCACUGAGGAACAGCAGCAGCGCAUAGAGCUCAACAAACGGCUGGCUCUGGAGAGGAGACUUGCCAAGCAGAAACAGUUAGAAUCCUCUCAGAAUUCCAUCCAGGAUGCAGAUGAACCAUCCACCAGUGUUUCAGGACAGUACCUCAGUCAAGAGAAUCAGGCCACUCUGGAACAGAGCACCUCAGCACAAACGCCACUCAAACAGAAGUCAGCUGCUCCUCAGAAUUCCCCUUUAUAUGAUAAUGAGUCCGCUAGUCCGCUUCCGAAUGGCAUAGUUGAUGAUGAUAGCAAUUGAACCAAUCCUCCCCUUUUGUACCUAGAGGACUAAGAAUAAAUAAAGAGGUUUUUUUGGGAAGGGCAACUUGAAUCAUUUGGGCUUUUUCCACAUUUAACCUUAUGGAAUCUUCCCAGUCAUAUGCCAAACAUCUUUUGCAGCUCAUUGGCAUGUUUUGUAAUGCCAACCUAGGGUUUGAUCACCACUAAUGAUCUCAUACACACAUUAAUCUAGUUCAGCGUGCUUGCAUUUUGUCAUAUCUUUUAUCCUCUGUGAGGAUUUUGAAAUGUAUUUGCUCAUAUUCAAAACAUUUCCUAUCAUUUUACUCUCAGGUUCACAGUAAGAUCAGUGUGAACCUGAGAAUAAAAUCACCACUUUCUUAUUAUUGGCUAGAUAAUAUUAUAAUGCCCUAAUGUAAGCACACUAUACUACAGGACAAAGAGAGCUUUUAAGGUUGACCCAUUCCCUUUUUUUUUUUUUUGAAAGUUUCAGUUUGUCGUCACCUUCUAAUGUUUCUGUCAGUUACGUUUAUCCCUGUUCUCUUAUUUCAGUGUCAAUUCUUCUGAAUAAAAAUGUAGAAAACCA